AGCCUGCUCUUUCCUCAGCUGAAGCUCUCAUUGACUCGGUUCUGUGUCCUCAUGCAAGGCUGCUGAAGAAGCUCUGAGAAUCAGUUUUUUUCUUCUCUCUUUGCUCCUUAAUCCCUCAGAUCGGACUCAUCAACGCCUCAUUACAGCAAAGCUCCUAAAGAAAGACAAGAGAAUAAAAAAAUAAGUGAACGUUUAAUUUCAAGACUUGUCACUGUCUACUAAUACUCUUCACAAUGUCUGGCGAUGAUGCACCUGCUCAGCAGCAAAACGCCGAGGAAACAAAACAAGAAAAUAAACCCAGCGAGGAGCCGAAAGCUGAGUCUAAGCCGGAGUCGCCGCCAGUCAGUUCAACCGAGGCUGCAGCCACACCCACGGCGACCGAGAAGGUACCCGAGGAAGAGCAGUUCACCUACCGCUCCCUGGUCCUUUCCGGCUACGGGGGCUAUGAUAAGGUGAAACUGCAGGUGAAGAAGGGGAAGCCGGCACUCAAGGCCGGAGAAGUCAUGGUGCGGGUCAAGGCAUGCGGGCUGAACUUUGCCGACCUGCUGGCCCGGCAGGGUCUAUACGACCGGCUGCCGUCCCCCCCUGUCACGCCGGGGAUGGAGUGCUCCGGGGAAAUCGAGGCUGUGGGAGAAGAGGUGACGGAUAGAAAAGUGGGUGACAAGGUGCUGGUGCUGAACCGCUGUGGGCUGUGGCAGGAGGUGGCCGUGGUGCCCGCUACCCACACGUUCCUCAUCCCAGAGGGCAUGACAUUUGAGGAGGCCGCCGCCCUCCCCGUCAACUACAUCACCGCCUACAUGAUGCUGUUUGACUUUGGCAACCUGAGGCCCAACCAGAGCAUCCUCAUUCACUCUGCUGCAGGUGGUGUGGGCAUCGCGGCCACCCAGCUGUGCCAGACAGUGAAGGACGUCACCGUGUUCGGGACGGCGUCGGCCAGUAAGCACGAGACCAUCAGCCAGGGCGGCGUCACGCACUGCAUUGACUACCGUACACGGGACUACGUGGAGGAGGUCCGCAAGAUCAGCCCCAAAGGGCUGGAUAUUGUGCUGGAUCCUCUGGGAGGCUCAGACACCCACAAGGCCUACAACCUGCUGAAGCCCAUGGGCAAGCUCAUCACCUACGGUGCAGCUAACAUGCUAGCAGGCCAGAAGAAGAACCUUUUGGCGGUGGCUAAGAACUGGUACCACCAGUUCUCCAUCCACACGCUCAGCCUGAUCCAGAACAACAAGUCAGUGUGUGGCUUCCACCUGGGCUACCUGGACGGAGAGGUGGAGGUCAUCCUGCAGGCCAUGACCACCAUCCUGGACCUCUAUAGGCAGGGCAAGAUCAAACCACGCAUCGACUCCACCUAUCACCUCGAACAGGUGGGCGAUGCCAUGCGGAGAAUGCAGGAGAGAAACAACAUCGGCAAGGUGAUCCUCAUCACCGAGCCUAUGCCAGAGGAGGAGAAGAAAGAGGAGCCUAAGAAAGAGGAGAAGAAGGAGGACAAGAAAAAGGAGGACAAGAAGAAAGACGACAAGAAGAAGGAGGACUCCAAGAAGGAGGACAAGAAAGAAGAGAAGAAGAAGGAGGAGAAAAACGAGGAGAAAAACGAGGUGAAGAAGGAGGAGAAGAAGGAGGAGCCCAAGAAAGAGGAGAAGUGAGAGUGAGGGAUUGAUGGAUGGAUGGAUAGUCAGGCAGGCAGACCAUCGGGGAGCUCUUGUCCUGGGAGCAGGGGUUUGGUUUGGGAGGGGGUGACAGGGCAGGGGAAAUGUGGUAGGGGAGGGAAAGGGAGGUGUGGUGUGUGUGGGUUGGACUUGGGAGAGCGGGGGAUGGGGGUGGGCUUUAUAGACUCAUUGCACAGCAGUCAAUCUGUCAUCCUUACCAUCAUCUCUCAGACCCCUCCCCAGUCCACUCUGACAGCGAAUACUCAGGCCUGGGCCUAUACCCACCCCUCAUCCCCUCUCUCUCCUCUCCCUCACUCAAGCAAGGGUCACUUUAUUUCUGAAUCCCUCAUGCUCCCUCAUCCCCAGUGCACCUUAAUGAUAGCCGGGCUCACAAAACAGUUCCCGCCCUCACCUCGCCACCAUGGGAAAAUGACCACUACUAUACGCUCUCCUAUGACUCAUGUCAUAACAGUCUGAAGGUGUUGCCUGUUGAGACCCCAGAGAGAGAGAGAGAGACACACAGAGGGACAGUGUAGGUAUAAUGCCCAGGCCUGGGGUGCAUCCCUGUUGCCUUGACAACGAUAAUUCGACCCAUUCCAACUCACAGUGCCCCUCCUCCCUCCAUGUCAACUCCCACUAUGCUAGAUUGCCCUGCGCUGACUUCCACCUGCCACCUCUCCUUCCUCUCCCUCUACUGAGUUCCCCCUACCCUCCCCCUCUCCCUAUGGUAUAAACCCACAGACAGACAGACAGACAGACAGAACCACACCCACCCACCAUCUCACACACGGUCCAGCGUUGUGUUAUGUCACUGUGCAUGAGUCAGUCAGUGUUUGCUUGUCUGUGAUUGGCUAUCAGCUCCCCUGGAGAUGUUUGCAUGGCUGUGAGAUGCUUGACUCCAAAGCCAGUGGUUACAGAACUCCCCUGUCAAUCACCACUACCCACUCUUUAUUUAAGUAUAUAAAGAAAGGUUAGUGGCACAUCCCUUAAAUGCCAUGGCACUUCUAGUAUCACACAGCUCCACCUCACAGCUGAGCCCACACUACAUGUCCCAUAAUCCUAGAGGUGACGCGCUAGAGACCAGACAAUAGCGUGUGACAGGAUGAAGCUCCAGACAGAGAAUUAAAUGAGCCAUUUGGUCCAGUAUUAAAUAGGGAGGGAGAAAUCAGGGCAUAGUUUUGGCGCUCUGUAGUCACUGAUGUUUCUAAUGAACCAAAUGUUGGCAAGCAGCGCACAGUGCCAAUUAGGAGAGAAAAUGGUUUCUCUUCAAACAAGGGGCACAAACACACACACACACACACACACACACACACACACACACACACACACACACACACACACACACACACACACACACACACACACACACACACACACACACACACACACACACACACAGGACGAUGUGUUCAAAGAGGCAGUGUUGUGUAGAGACACUAAAACAUUUGAAUGGAGUAAGAUAGAGUGAAUGCUGCCCAGUUCCUUGAUAUCAGACCCUGUUCCUCCCCUGGCAUUCCACUCCUUUCACAGUGACCGCUCGCCUGUCGUUCUCCCUGAUCUGAAACAGGGGAGUUUGGAAGGGUAAAAAAAAAACUCCUGCUGGUGUGCAUUCUCACCCAUCCCUCCCCCUUCAUCUCUCUCUCUCUCUCUUUGUGGUCGGCAUAGCAACAGGCAACAGGCUCGUCAGAGAUGGCGCUGUGGUCUAUUUCUCAGUCUAUCUGAGCGAGCGAGCGAGUGAGUGAGUGAGCAGUAUUACAGAGCAGUAAAGUGUCUCUUGAAACCCUUUAGUAUUAAAGAAAAUCAGGCUAACAUCCUCGUUACUACACUCUGGAAAUAUUUCUCUUUGUCUCGGUAUAUUAUGAGGACAUUCAAAUCCCAUAUAGUCUGUGUGGGGGUGGCACACCUAGGGUCACAAUCAAUAGUUGGCCUCUCCCAUACGAAUGCACUGCUGUCCCUUGUGGACAUAAUUUAGAACAGCCAAGACUGGUUUUCAGAAGUUGAUUAUAGGGGACUCCUUUGUAUCAAUAAAGCAGGGUUUUGUUUUCGACCUCCUCUAAAUUAUAUUGAAUUAAUCUGAUACUCGUUCUUACGUCAGAGAUGAAUUGUCUAUGAUAAACCAUGGACGGAAGCUAAAUCUGUUAUGAGCAGGAGUCCUGCAGUACGGACAACAAAAACACCCCACUACUAUCCCAUUUGGAAAGAUGUGAGAAUCCAUGCUCUUCACACACUUGCCUGUCUGCCUGCCGGUCUGCCUGCGAAGAGUCUCAGAUGGUGACUAGUGACUUUGUAAAGAAGUUGUUGUGUUAGCAUGAGUGGCCUCCCUCAUGUCGUGUGUCAGUCAUUGUGUGUGAAGAUGUGUGUGUCCUCAGGUCGUUUGUCAGGUUACAAAAAAAGACUCCCACCUGCCCCUCCUCAACCCCAUUACAACCUCCCCUUCCUUACACUCUUCAUCUUCUUCACAGCUGUCUAGCUCUAAUCCUCUCUUUCUCGCUCUCCUCCCCUUCUCUGAUGAGGCCAAUGUUAAGAGGACAGUUGGUAUAGGUAUUUUGCACUCUGCUCGCUGAUCUUAAUGCACUUCCAGGCAUGGCAGUCCCACUCCAGUCCCGCUGGCUCUGAGUCCACUCCGCUCCUUCCCCACUCAGAGAGACCAUACUGUAUCUGCUGAAACUCACUGGAAGUACAGUGGAAGUGACACUUUUGCAUGCAACGUGAAACACAAGCACACUUCUCUCCCUCUACCCUCUGCCAGCUUCUCCUGGGUGGCAGCUCAAAUCAAACCAUUCAUUCAUCCAGGGCUGUGAAAGUGACGACCCGGUGUAGCGGGGACAGCAGUGGGCCUGGGACGGAGUGUGAGUGCCAUGUCGGUGUGGGGAGUGACUGUGUUCUGUCAGGCUCUGGUUAGUGUUCUUUUCUGAUCUGCUGGGCUCCUUCUGUGAACCUGUGGACUGUGUUUCUGUUUUCUGAAUGCCAUGUGAGAAGCUCACGCUUCAGUAAAACGAUGUUUUACUUCAUGUUUUUGUUAAGUUUUUUGACCUAUGUUUUUUGGUUUUGUUUUCCAAGGGGUUUAAAGUUCAAAGUUCAUUCUCUUUACGGUGGGACCUGCCUAACUACAUUCCUUUUCAAUGUGAUGAGCCUUUCUGUUGGGCCUGACCAUUUGUGCCAAACUGUAUGUACUCCUCUGUCAAUGCCUUGACUACAACGGUGCAUUCAAUGAAAAAGAGAAGAAGGACAAAAUAAUUCUGGGUACUUUUCCGAUGACCUUGUAGAAAAACAAAAACAAUCUGUGUGUGAUUUCUGUCCCAAAUGCUUAUGGGUGCUGAUAGAAUUUUGCUACAGUUUACAGAAGGUUUUAGUCGUUUCUGAUUGGUUGGGGUCUUGCUCUCAUGCCUCGAUCCUAACACACACAUACACACACACACACACACACACACACACAGACACACUACCUUGUUGAGAGGCACCUCCCUCCAUAUCCAAACUCCUCACAGUCCUCGCUGAUCUCAGAUCAGUGAAAUGUGUCAAUAGAGUAUUAUCAGGCCUCAGACAUCUACUACAACAAACUGACGCCCACAUCAGUCGACAGGCCUAUGCGUUUACAACCAUACCAUAUAAUCUCCAUAACAGGGAAGAGUGCAUGGACGAUUAGGCUGCACAGCAAAGCACACAAACUACAAUCUUCUUAGAAUUGAAACCCCCAAAAAACAUUAAAAGAUAAAUAAAACACCCAUUCAAAAAUAUACAUGACCAGGUGAAUCAUUGAGCGUUUCUUUCAUCCAACCUCUCUCUAGUUUAGCUUUGUGAACACCACCAUACACCGGUUUCCUGUUUCUCUUAGCCUGAUUCCAAAUGGUUUGUAUGGGAGGAGAGAGAGUGAGGUAGCAGAUGUGUCGGGGAUGUCAUAGCGAGGCCAAUAUUUCACAGCUGCACAGAUAGAAACACAGCUCUAGGUCUGUCCCAGGCGCAACAUAUCCGCCCGAAAGCCAAUCCUAGUUCACAUACAGCCCGUUGGCCUCAGACAUUCCACUAUCCUCUAUUGCACCUCGAGAGCUCUUUGGUUCUAGUCAAUUGUCAGUUAGCCAAAGCCCCGGCCUCUCCAUACACACACUCGUCACACCAUACACACACAUCGCAUUAACAUCUGGAAUUAAAUUGCAUGCAUCCAAUGGCAUGUGGUGCAGAGAUUAUAUGUCAUUUGAUUCAAUGUUUUUCUUCCUGUUUGAUAGAAC